AUGAACACGGCUUCAUAUUAUCAAAACAUGGGUCCCCUGGGUCAUAGAGCUACUUCUUCGUUUCAUUAUGCACUCCCUAAUUAUCCAAAUUAUCACCCUUUACCACACCCACAGUUUCACCAUCAUAGAUCAUCACAAUCAUAUUACCAACCAAGCACGCAGAUGAGUCAAAAACAGCAGUUGCAACCACUUGCCCUCCCAGUAAAUCAAAUUAAUAUUUUGCAACCCCCACCAGUUGCACCUGCGCCAGUUGCAGCUCCUCAAGACCAGGUUGCUAUUGACGGAGGCAUCAACUCUGUCUUGGAGUAUGACUUGAAACAAAUGUCUUCAUUUUUAGGUUGGUGUGCCUUUGGCAUGUUAAAACAGGCUAGAAACCCAUCAAAGGAUUUUGAAAACUUGGUUUCUUCGGUAUUGUUUGCUACAAGACUACCAAAAUCAACAAUCAUUAUUGCUUUAGAAUACAUGAAUCAGAGAUUCUCAUCAAAGGAUCUUGCGUCAUCCUUAACUGAGCAUGAGAUUUUCAAUUUUCUAGUUGUUGGAUUAGUAUUGGCUAAUAAGUUCAAUGAUGACAACACCUUUACGAAUAAGUCUUGGUGUGGUGCUACUGGUAUACAGUUGGUCAUUUUGAAUACAACAGAGAAGGAGUGGUUGGAAGAUGUUAGGUGGAGUUUAUCAGUAGUCAAUUUUGAAUCAAAUAUUCUUACUUUGGAAGAGUGUUGGAAAACCUGGAUUGAAAAAUACGGAUCUACUACAUCAGCCGACUCCACUGUAAACGUAAGGGACAUGACUCCAACAGUUGCUCCAACAAGCACGUUUUAUUCAAAUCCAUGUCCAGCUACACAAUACUCGUACCAACCUUCAUACAUAUCAAUGUCCUCCUCGCCUGUUUAUCAACAAAAUACAAAUUACACAAACACGUUCCCACUGUCAUCCCCAGUUAAUUACGAAUCUGAUUGUCACUACAAACCAUAUGUUGCUCCAGUAUCAUCAUACUCAAACUGGAACUAUUCCUCAUCAUCAUCAUCAUCAUCAUCAUCAUCAUCAUCCACAUCUGCCUCAUCCACCUCCCUCUCCACCUCCAGUUUCAAUGGUGAUCCGGUUAUUCAAUAUGUAGGUGCAGCGAUGAGUCAAAACCAGUCACGUCCAAGCACGUACCAUCGCCACCAACACCACCCUCCCCAGUAUCUCCAUGCACCAGGAACAUUGUCGUUUGGAGGACAUCCAAGUAAAUUUGUUGGUUAUGCUAACCCCUACUAUAUGGCAACAUGCUGA